AUGUCUGAACACAUAGCUUUCGAGCUGUUUAACUGCGGAUCUGGAGUUCUUUUGACCCUCUAUGUUAUGUUUUUGGCAAUUGCAAAAACAAGGGAUCAAGGAGUAAAAGUGUUCAGUAAGAUGCUGGCUACCAAGGCGCUAAUCGACUUCUUGUAUUCGAUGGUUUCGAUUCUGUCGUUGCCGGUAUGUUAAUUUAAGCAAAGAAAUUGUGAUAUUAUCACACCCCGGUUACGGAAUUGGCCAAUUUAAGAGUUGUAAUUGCUAAACGUCAGCGGGUUUAAGUUUAGUGCGUAGAUUUUUAUGAUAGCGAAUUUUUGAAGUUUAACGCUGUAAAAUACAAAGAUCUUUGACCGGAUAAUACACGCUUUGUUGGAGUUCUAAAAAAACGCUAAAAUAGACAAUAAGUCAAAGAGCUUUAACUAUUUUAGUCAAUUUCCUUCUCUACAACCCGGUUGAUUACUGUUAUGACCAACCCAUUCCUUCCAAGGGCAUUGCUUUGGCCCUUCUUCAUGGCCCAGGUCUUCUUCAUAUACCUCUCGGUCAUGAUAUUGCCAAUUCAAUUUGUCUACCGAUACCGAGUCGCCUCUUCGCAACCUCAUUCAUUUAAUACAGUACUUACUCCAUUGCUUUAUAUUGUCAUCUUCCUUGGGAUUCAUUCAGCAAUUUUACCCUACACUUUUCAAGGGCCUAGUAAGGAAUAUGAUAUUCUUCUCAAGGACUUAAAUGUGGAUUCUAACGGCCGGAAAUACACCGUCGGAGAUGUCGUAAGUAAUAGCCUUAGCAUUUGAAUAAUCAAACCUUAGGUGCGAAAUUCAUGGAUUAUCCCGCAUUUUGUUAAUUGCAUUGCAAUGGUUACUGCAAGUUAUGUUACAAUGUAUGUGUAUUACAUGAAAACCAAAAGGUGCUUGACGCGGUUUGAAGAUCACUUGAGCGAGACCACAAAGAUUGCCCAGAAACAAAUGAAGAGAGUGCUGGUGUUGCAGGUAGGAGAAAGAUAAAGAAGGACGUCGCAAAAUAAGGGGACCACAUUUUUUCUUAUUUCUCAUCCUGUCGUUGAAUAACUUGGCUACGUUUAUUCACGGCGAGCUAAAAAUCCUGGAAUGCGGCCCAAAUUUGCACAUUCCAAGUGUGUCUAAAUCUAGCGUGACUCCAGAACUUUUCUUUUCAAAUUCAACGGAAGACUGCCCAUAUUUGCAUUUAUUUACGUAAACUCUUCAGGCGCUCUAUCCAAUAUUCCUCAUCUGUUUGCCAUGCCUGAUCAUGCCGAUUGCUCCGCUUAUCAAUUACAACUCCAUAGCUCUCGGCAGAUUCUGCAUGUCAGCCCUCCACAUGACUCCAGCUCUCAGCUCUUUAUCCGUCAUCUUCUGCGUUCCAUCGUAUCGAAAAUUUACAUUAAGCCUGUUUAGUUCGGAGAAGAUUCCGAGUUGCACCGGCUUUUCAAACUCCAAUCCUCAGCCUUUGCAGCAAACGCUACCCACGUAUUAA